AUGAAAGCCGUGGAUGAUGAGAAGCUAAAAGUGAUUGGGGUCUAUGGGCCUGGCGGCGUGGGGAAGACUACGCUAUUGGAGGAAGUCCAGAAGAAACUUAGGAAAGAGGGGAGACCGUUCCACAUGAUCAUCAAAGCGAAAGUAUCGCAGAUUCCUGUCUUGAAGAAUAUCCAAGACGAGAUCGCUGACGCCUUGAAACUGGAUCUGAAGGACGUGCAAAGUGACAGUGGCAGAGGAAAUCGUCUGUUGGAGAGGUUACAGAGGGAUCCGAGUGAGAAGGUUCUCAUUAUAUUGGACGAUCUGUGGGAUAAACUUGAUUUGAAGGCAGUCGGGAUUCCUUCGGGAGCGGAGGGCAGGGGAUGCAAGUUGCUGCUAUCGUCGAGAUUUAAAGAUGUGCUGGAGCAAAAGAUGCUUGCUGAUCGAACAUUUCAUCUUGAAGGUUUAAGCAACGACGAAACUUUUAAGCUAUUUGAAAAGAUGGUAGGUGACAGGCUCAAAGACGAGGAAUUGAAACGAAUAGCCGCUAAAGUGGUCAAGAAGCUCGCAGGUUUGCCUCUUUUGAUUACCUCUGUCGCUAGCACUUUGAAAUAUAGCGGUGUGUCUGCAUGGAAAAACGCGUUGAUAAAAAUAGAUGAGUCAAAUAUAGAAACCACAGUGAAGUUGAGUUACGACCAUUUGAAGAGUGAGGACGCGAAGUCCUUAUUCUUGCUCUGUGGUCUUAUUGGCAGGACCAUUCGAGUCGAAAUUCUGCUCGUACUAGGCAUGGGUUUGGGCUUGUUUGAGGGAUUCAAUAACACGAUAGAAGAUUCAAGGGAUAGAUUGAAUACUAGGCUCGAUGAACUCCGUUCUGCUUGUUUGUUGCUGGAUGGUGGCGAUGACAAGGACAAUGUGACCAUACAUGAUCUUUACAGCCAGAUAGUCGUCUCAACUCCAUUCAGAGGCCACAAUUCCUUAAUGAUGAACAGCAAUUAUGGCUCGUGGUCAAAGGAAAAGCUUGAGAAAUGUUGGGCAAUAUGCCAAGUUGAUGUUGGCAGUGAUGGGCUUGCUGAACUAACGCGCUGUGGGUUUCCUGAAUUGAAGAUACUCAUGUUGUCUCAACCAAAAGAGUGGGACGGGAGACUUAAACACCGACAUGACGUGGGAGAUUGUUGUAGACUAGAUUUCACAUACAUGAAGGAGCUCCGAGUCCUAUAUCUGAGCUCCAUGCAUAUCAUACAUUUACCUUCUUCAAUGGAAAUCCUCAUAAACCUCCGCUCUUUAUACUUAGACAAUUGCGAUGUGCACGAUGUGGCAAUUCUUGGCAAGCUCAAAGCAUUGUAGGUUCUCAGCUUCGCAGGGUCCAAAAUUUCUAGGCUACCUAAAGAAAUCGGGGAACUGACGAAUCUGAGAUUGUUGAAUCUAAGCAAUUGCUACGAGCUUAAAACAAUCGAGCCUGGCGUCCUAAAAUGCUUAAUCAAAUUGGAAGAGUUACAUAUGAAGGGAAGCUUUGAUCGAUGGAUUGGCAAGGAAGAAAUACCAUCGCAAUUGUGUAAUGUUGGGCUUGCCGAGUUGAAGAGCUUGACAAAGACAGCCUCUCUGGAAAUAUCCAUCCCUGAUCCCACCAAACUCUUUAAGGAUAGUGACUUGCCAUUUGGGAACCUGAUCAGAUUUUGGAUCAACAUAGGAAAUGUUGACGGGAGGGAAUUUCAAGAUUUGAGAACCAUGAAGCUCAAAUUGGAAGGAUGCGAUAGUAUUCUUUCAAAAGAAUGGCUUCAGAAAACUCUACAAAAUACUCAGUACUUACUUUUGGACGGGUUGAAAGAGUUCGAGAAAAACGCUCACGAGUUGUGCACCCAAGGAUUUCGAGAACUGAAGCAUCUCGACAUUGACAACAGCCCCUCAAUUAAGUACAUUGCCAAUUCAUCCAAUGGUCUCCCUCUCACUGCUUUUACGAUUUUAGAGUCUUUGUUCCUCGAAAAUCUUAUUAAUCUGGAGAAGUUAUGCAAUGGCCCUAUCGCACCAGAUUGCUUCAGCAAAUUGAAAGUCGUGCGUAUCAAAAAGUGCCACCGAUUGAAAAAUCUGUGGUUUCUGUCAGAGAUGCAAAGACUCAUACAUUUGGAAGCGAUUCAAGUAUAUGAAUGUAACUCAUUGCAAGCCAUUAUCACAGAUGAUGCAGGAAAAGUAGAAGUUGCUGCUGAUGACAUAGUUGAGUUGCCUAAUGUACAUCGUCUGGAUUUGCAGAAGUUACCAAAUAUGACGAGCUUUUGCACCGGAGCUGAGGAUGCUCC